AUGUCGAGCAAACGCUCAGGCGCGAGCGAUGUGGAGGUCGAGUUCUCUCAGCCUCUUGCAAAGCGCAGGCGGUCAGGCGGCCGCAGUCUUGGACAGAUCGAUAUCCCUGAUCACAUAAAUGCCUUGAAGCAGAAUGGGAACAUCACGAAGGCAGAGAGUGGCUGUCACUCUCCCGACGACGCAAAAGACAAGAGUGUUACAAUUGCCUCAACAGCAAAGUUCGCUGAUCAGACCAUUGCACCAUUCCUCACGCGACAUAUUCCCGAACAAUAUGCGCCCCUGGGUGGUCCGAUCAGCAGUCAGAGAGGCCCUUUAAGAGAUCCAAACUCAAAAUUCUGCUACCGUCACAGACCCGAUCUUCUUUGCAGGCGACAAGCUGAUGAGCCGUCAAUGGAUCAACUACAAAAGGCAAGAUGA